UGGUCCUACUACGCCUACGUCGUCGAGCUCUGCCUGGUGACUCUGAUCAGCUCUGUCGAAAAAGUGGCCUACCUCACACUAUUCCAUGUGAUCUUCGUGUUCUUUGUCUGGACCUACUGGAAGUCUGUCUUUACUCCCCCUCAACAGCCGGACAAAAAGUUCCAAAUGUCCUACUCAGACAAAGAGCGGUAUGAGAACGAAGAGAGGCCUGAAGCCCAGCGGCAGAUCCUCAUGGAAAUGGCCCGGAAACUGCCAGUCUACACGAGAACAGUGAAUGGAGCCAUCCGAUUCUGUGACCGAUGCCAGCUGAUCAAACCCGACCGCUGCCACCACUGUUCCGUUUGUGCCACGUGUGUUUUGAAGAUGGACCAUCACUGCCCCUGGGUGAACAACUGCAUUGGAUUCUCCAAUUACAAGUUCUUUCUACUAUUUUUAGCAUAUUCUCUGUUGUACUGCAUGUACAUCGCUGCUACUGUCUUCAAGUAUUUCAUCAAGUUUUGGACGGGGGAGCUGACCAACGGCCGCUCCAAGUUCCACGUCCUUUUCCUGCUUUUUGUGGCCAUCAUGUUUUUUGUCAGCCUCCUUUUCCUCUUUGGCUACCAUUGUUGGCUUGUAAGCCAGAACAGAUCUACGUUGGAAGCUUUCUCGGCUCCUGUGUUCCAGAAUGGCCCUGAUAAGAAUGGAUUCAACCUGGGCUUUGUAAAGAAUCUCCAGCAGGUGUUUGGAGAGGAAAGAAGCCUCUGGCUCCUACCUGUUGCCUCCAGUCAGGGUGAUGGACACUUCUUCCCGACCAGGACCUUGAGCGAAGCUCGGAAUCCACUGCUGGCGAAUGAGGAGCAGUGGGAAGAAGACGGGCUGGACGACGACAGCCAUGGUUGCCACCGGGGUUCCUCUCUUGCCAUAGAAAUGGAGACGUAGCACGACUGGAAGACAUAUGAUGAAAAACCUCACACACUCAGUUUCCUCUCAUCAGCUGCUUCCUAUGAUGGACUCUUGGGGUAGGAAAGCACAGGAAGGAGGCAAAUGGAUUUUCAGGACAAGAAGGCAUAACCACCAGCUGCUCCUCCCAGCUCUCCAAGGUGGCUCCCUUGGUCACGAUUCCAGGAGUUCCUGAGGGUUCCUGAUUUCCCACAUGGCAGCUUGCGAGUGAUGAAUGCCAUUCAUGACCGCUUCCUCAUCUGUGUCUUAAUGCAAAGCAAGUGAACACUCUUUGUGCAAAUGCAUCCCUAAAUGCCACAACGACAGCUAUCUCAUCUCGCCGGAGUGGGGAUGGCUCUACAGCAAGAAGCGGUUUUGCCCGUGGAUAGUCAACGGGAGAGGCUUCCCUGUUAGGAAUCAUGUUUGCCAAACCAGGCGUGAUGGUUAGAAAAGCCUGGGUGUGCCCCGGACCCGCUGGCUGUACAUAACAUGACAGAGCAGUCUCUAACUCUGAGGGACUCCGGCAUUUUCUGUCUUGAAAUGCAUCCUCCUUGGGGUAGGGGAAAGGUGGCCGGAGCUCCAGUCCUCACAGCAGGUGUCUGUAGUUUUUAAAUCUAUUAACCCCACCCCCCACCCCCCAAAAAACCAACAACCCCAGAGCAACAUUCUGGAGUGGGAUUAUCUGCCUUGGAACUGCCAAGUAGCAGCCUAUUUGCUGUCUGGGCUGUACCAGUACCAAGGGUCACACUAUGAAAGGCCCCUCCCCCCACUCGUGGUCAGGGCGGAAAGAGCCGUCAUUGCAGCUGACCUCUGGCAACCCUGUAGGGUUGUUGAGACAAGAGACUCACAGGGGUGGUUUGCCCUUGCCUGCC